AUGAACACCACAGAUAUUCCUCUUGAGGGCAUAGCUCGCCCGUCCUUUACUGGGAGCAAGUCCGCACCUCCGCGUUACGCUCCCUCGCACGGCGGUCCAUCGACGGGAGCCCACGGAGAGCAACCUCUGCACUACUACCAAGUCCCUUUGGCCAUCCCUCCAGCAAAACCAUGGUAUAAGCGUACGCUCUUCAGGGUCCCCUUUGCCAUCUUCCUGGCGCUGCUUACUCUGGGUUCCAUAGCAGCCGUCAUUGUCGUAUCGUUGAGCAAGGGCCAGGGGCGAGACUCUAGCGAACCGGCAGAUCCAAGUUCUCCUUCCGUGGCAACAUCCACUAUCUUGGUGACUGUGACAAAAAGCAAGCCGACAAGCGAAAGGUCAACCGUCGUAACUAUGACCAGUACCCCUGAAGAGGGACCGACCAUGAUACCCGCAACCACGGAGCCCAGCAUCACCGACGAUCUCAUUUCUUUCGUAACCAGAGAAGCCCAGGUCGACACGAAAUUGAUCACAAACUCAAAAGAGCCAGUAGUGACGACGAGGCUCGUAACCGUGACGGUCACAGACGAGGAUAGGGAGGCAGAGGCGACGACGACAGAAAAACCGCCAUCCCCUACGUUUGUUCUUUCCGACCGCUCCUCCAUCCUCGUCGCGGACGUUUCCACUGGUUCCUCCCGUGAUUAUCGGCGCACCAUGGUCUGGCAGUCUGACAACAACGCCACCCUCAUCGCACGCGACUCGGUUGGUGGGCGGUCCUCGAUCUAUCCUAUUCAAGGUCUCCCCGAGCGCGCUAAGCUCGGCACCCCGAUCACGGGCGCCGUGGACGAUGCCGGCGUAGCGCACGUUUUCUACCUUAACGACGAGGACAGGAUUGUCCAUCUCACGCAAGUGAGACCCAGACAAUGGGUCAGCGUACAAAAGACAAAGGUCCAGGUCAGCGGUGGUAUCUCAGCGAGCUUUCACCGCAGCUUGGGCGAUGUCGGUCUGUUUGUGUUGGCGUACAUUGACAAUGAAAAUUCGUUGGCAAUGAUCACGACCACAGAACCUUCUGGGUCUGGGGCGUGGAAGGCGUACAAGCCAAAAUACUUUCAGCAUAUGAGCGGCCGACGAUCCGUCAAUGUCGACAUUACAAGCGGCAUCGCCAAGGUUGCCAGCGAUAGUGAUCCACCAGCCGAGGGCGACUAUGCCGGUAUCCUCGUCGCCGUCGAAGGAGAAGAUGCAGUUGAGAUUAUCGAAUGUUCCUCGGAGUCCGGCAGUAUAAGGGAGUGUUUCGAGAUUGGCGACACCUUCCACCACGCUUCGACAUCAGUCAAUAAUCAAGAAGCACCAGUAAAGCUCACAGCUCACCCGGCCGAGAUCGUCUGGACCAGCCUCGCCGGAGACGAUCGUGCGCCGAAUGAGAUUUAUGGGUUCUUCACCCUGGCGAAAGGGAAGUUGCAGCAUCAUCUGUACAUUCCAGAGAUGCCCUGGACCGACCCCAAGACCGAAGGCGUCGUUGUUCUAGGGAACGAGAUGGUCACCAGCAAGCUGAGCGACAAUGUCGAUGCUAUCGCCCUGGCGGGAGACGGCAGCUUGUUCUUUCGAGAAGGGGAUGAGCUGGGGGAGAUGGGAAUGGACGGCGAGGCGGAGAGCUGGAAAGUGGAGGACAUGCUGGACACGGAGGUCGUUGAAUGA